AUGACUAAUCGGCUGGAGGGACCACCAAGCUAUAUUCCCAUCGACGAAAAUUUGGACUAUAGCUCAGGAAAGACGAUUGGCAAUGCUAAGGUGAUAGAUGGUCUCUACUAUUUUGAAGAUAAUAUUUCAAGUAAUAAAAAGGCUCAAGGCCUGAGUAGUUUUCGUUCUAUCCCUGUUAGAGAACAAAUAAUGCUAUGGGCAUUUACUUCAAAUAUUUCUCACUUGUUUGUUCCAAGAAACAUUCAGGAAGCACUAGAUGAUCCGAAUUGGAGAUCAGCAGUGUUAGAGGAGAUUAAUGCUCUUAAAAGGAGUGGAACGUGGGAGAUAAUUGACUUGCCCAAAGAAAAGAAAACUGUUGGGUGUGAUGACAUUGAAGAGUUGACCAGACUGAAGAAGAAACUUACUGAAGAUUUUGAAGUCAAAGAUCUUGGAGCAUUAAAAUACUUCCUUGGAAUGGAAUUUGCCAGGUCAAGAGAAGGAAUUUUCGUGAAUCAACGAAAAUAUGUGCUUGAUUUGCUUAAUGAGACAGGACUACUCGGGUGUAAAGCUGCUGACACUCCAAUUGAAGUCAACUUGAAGUUAGAAGCUGUCAAACCCGAGAGUGUGGUUGAUCGUGAGAGAUAUCAGAGAUUGGAACACUUUGAGGCAGUGUACAGGAUUCUGAGGUACUUAAAGGGCUCACUAGAUGGAGGACGUAUGUUUAAGAAACAAGGUCAUUUGCAAGUGGAAGUGUACGCAGACGCUAAUUGGGCAGGCAGUACAGUCGAUAGAUGA